ACGAAUUUUAGUUUAUAUCGAGACUAGGAAAGUGGAAGAGAUUUUCUAGAAAGAGUUUUGGAAAAGUCAGUUGAGUGACUAGGCGGACGAGCAAAAUUACAACAACAGAGGCUUAAUGGAUUGGAUCAAAAGUUCUUUAAAAAGAAGGGAAACAAACCCAGAACAAAAUAGGUUGGACGGCAAAUAUUGUGCAAGUUGUGGGAAUGAACACACCAAAGCAGUGUCAUGGUGCAGCGACUGCAGGUAUUUUGUAUGUAAACCAUGUAGCAUAUAUCACGAAGAAAAAAUCCGCCCAUGUCAUAAGAUAUUAUCCAUGGAAACGAUACAACAAGUCAGUUAUUUCCUUCUUGAAUUGUCCCUAAAAUGCGGACAGCAUCCUAAUAACAAUAUUCUACUGUACUGUAAUCAACAUGCCCAGAUCAUUUGUGAUUCAUGUCAACUUGAAAGGCAUCAUAUGUGCAAGCCUAUUUCAUUGGAAGAAGCUGCCAUUACCGUUAAAGAUGGGACCGCCAUGAGCUGCCUUGAGGAAAGGAUGCAUGACCUAAGUAAAGUUUCAAAAGAGAUGCUGAAUCAAAUAGAGGAAAAAAUUGAAGAUUUGAAGAAUCGUCAAAAUAUAUUCAAGCAAAGAGUGUCAGAUACCAAACAGAAAUUAAUUGGUCAUUUGAAUAAGUUAGAAUCAGAAAUACAUACAGAUAUUGAUUCUAAGUAUGGGCAAUGUAAUGAGACGGUGUCCAAAAUUAAACAUAGCCUUGAAGAAUGUACUUCAUCACUGUCUAUAUGGAAAGUCGAUCUUAAAUCACUGAGAGACACUACAUCUGAAAUCCAUUUAUUCCAGUCGGUUAAAUUACUAGAAGAGAGGACUAAUGAACAAGAUUCAGAAAUCAGAAAAAUUCAAAUAGCUGAUAUUCCAACCUUUACGUACAAACCUUCAGAACUAGAGUCAAACAUGGAAAAGUUGCUCGCAGACUUGGGUAAAAUUGAAAAAGAGGAAUUUCCAGUACCAAUGUCUAAACUAAAUAGGGACCAAGGAGGGCAGAAUAUUGUCAGAAAUCAGGAAAAGUUGUUGUUGACACAUUCUUUCCAGACCAAGAAAUUAGGUAAUGACGUGAACAUUUCUGGAGCUUGCUUUAUUUCCAGUGAUAGGUUACUCCUUGGUCAUCACAAUGAUACAAAACUUUCGGUUUGUAAACUUGAUGGAUCCGACUUUAGUACCAUUAAUUUGGAUUAUAAACCAGAACGAAUUACCCUGUACGACAAUAAUUAUGCUUUAGUAUCUGCAGGACUCGAAGGUGUACAAAUCAUUGACCUUACACUGUUAAAGCCUGGCAAAAAAAUUAAAGUUAAAGGAAAUUGUAAAGCAAUCACUAGUUCAAAGAACCAAAUCUAUAUAAAAAAUCAACACAAGACACUAACCAAAAUUGAUAUCAAAGGUAAAAUUCUGAAAACAAUACACACAGCAUUUGAUCCUUGGGAUAUAUGUGCCAGCAAGGAAGGAGAUGUCUAUUAUACCCACGUUGGUGGUAAUAGGGUCAACGUUGUAACACCGGAUGAAAAACAAAAUGAGAUAUACACUAGUCCUGACCUAAUAGGUGCUGAAGGUGUUACUGUAGACGAUCGUGGUCAUGUGUUUAUAGCCGGGAAUAGCUCAAACAACAUACAUAGAAUAACAUAUGCUGAUAAACAGCCAUUGAGUAUUGCCAUGAAAGUAGACGAUGUUAUCCAUCAACCGAUCGGGUUGUCUUUCAACAAUGAAACAAAACGGCUGUUAGUUGUUCACGACAAUUAUCAAUCUAUCAGCAUUUAUAAACCACAAUGAACACUGACUAUUUACUCAAUUAAGCUUUCUAGCUUUAUGACUAAGACAACGAUAAAAUAAUAUUUUUUUUGUAAUUCAGAUAUAUAAUUGUUUUACGAUAUAAGAAAGCGAGAGAGAAGAUACAAAGGGAUACAAAAAUGAAAACUAUGAAAAGAAAUACAAAUGUUCAUAUUCCGUACGAAAACCAGGUUCUUCAAAUUGAUUCGACUGGCAUGACGGGCGGAACAUUUAGAAUAGUACUGGAAAAUCAUAUAUAAUGGAUAGGGGUAAAAAUUUGCCUUGCAACAGGCCACCUACAAACCUCUUAGAGAGAUGUUGCAAGCGUUCGUUAACGUGCAGAGGUCAUGAUACUCAUCAUACAGGUGGCAUCGGAUAUAACGUCCCCUCCUGCCAUACACAUAAAAAGAAAUUACCAAAAAUAGUGGACAAUACAAAAGACCAAACCAACGACCAACACUCCACUCCUCCGGAAAACACCAAGAUGAAAAAACAAAGAAAAGCAACACCGACAUUGCCCGCAGUUCAUCGCAGUCGGUCUGACACAUAUAUGCGUUAAACCAUACAAAAUACAACCGUAUCUUAUAACAUUCGGGAUUACUGAAAGCAAGCUCAAAGUACUUUUGAAAUAUAAUAAUAAAGAAACCCUGUCUGCUUACACUUUGCUGUUUAGUACAUUUUUGAUAUUUCUACAGCAGCACCAUGAAAAGACCAGACAACAACGAUCUUGUGCAAACCCAAAGAAGUGAUUUGAUCCGCGUAUUCAUAUAUGAAGAUAAAAAGACAACGUAUAAGAUAUAAAAUUCAAAGCUAUCAAACAUCUGUAAAAAUCCAACUCCAAAAUUACAAAUUUGGAUGAAAAAAAUUAAAACCCUGUCUUGUCCAUGUAAAAGAGAGACGAAAGAUACCAGAGGGACAGUCAAAAGUAAAAUCUUACAGUUUUUGUAUUAAGGAUUUGGGUAGAGGUGUAAUGCCACCAAAUCAUAGAACGUCACAUCCGGUUGCAUACGAAAAAGGGUCGAAAAAAAAUAUUCCCUUGAAUUUGACAGUUGUAGGAAAUUAAUCCUACAUUUCAUUGCAGUAAAAAUUUCUGGGUCAUAAACAUAUAUCUUGGGUGUUUCAAAGCACCAUUAUUUUUUUAUUUGGUGUUUCUAUAGAAUAUUUUGGAAACUUGAGGUUACAUGGUUACUAAAGUUUGUACACAGGUAAAAACGAGGUGAAAAUUUGAUUGGUUAACUUCCAGUGAUGGUUAUUUUCUUAUGUGAAAUUUUGUCUAUAAUACUGGCCAUGGACAGGAUAAAACUUCACUCAUUCCAAGUAUUUCUUUAUUUGAAACAAAGAUAAAUUCUGCACAAUUUUUUGAAAAGUGCAAAUUUAACAUAGACUAAAAGAAGAAAAUCAAUGGUGGUAUUACACCUAGUUAGUGAGUUCACGAUUAUCGCUAAAUUGUUUGAAGAGGGACAACUCUAAUAGGGGAAAAUCAAUGGUGGUAUUACACCUAAUAUGGGAAGCUGCACCGCACAUGCACCUUUGACCUUGCGAGUACUCUCGUUUGUUAAAAUUUCAUGCAUAUUAAGUGAAAUAUUACAAAUAUGAAAUAAUCUGAGUGGAUAGUCUCAAAAACACAUUUUAUGAGAAUAUUGCCUUGGAAUAGGACUCUACCAUGAAUAUUACUAGACAGAGCAAGCCAUACUCAGUGUUUUGGGGGAGCUUUUUCUGACUUUUUCUCCUUAUUUCUUAUAUUCAGCUAUAAUAAAAAACUUUUUCCUAAGUAAUACUUUAAUAGAUAUAUAGUUUUAAAUAAAUGAAAUUAUUUUAAAAGCAGUAACAACAAAUUAUUCACUAAAAGAGACGCUUUUUAUGACAAAACUUGACAGUAAUACUUGAAAUAACCAGUAUUACAAAGGAAAAAAGUCACAUUCAGUUUAGUCAACAAAAAAAUCUUCUUCAGGUGUUAUAUCACAAAAUCAUAGUACAUCACAUCCGGCUGCGUACGAAAAAGGAUCGAAAAAAAAUAUUCCCUUGAAUUUGACAGUUAAUCCUACAUUUCGUUGCAGUAAAAAAUUUCUUGGUCAUAAAAAUAUAUCUUGGGUGUUUCAAAGCACAAUUUUUUUUUUAUUAUUUGGUGUUUCUAUAGAAUUUUUUGGAAACUUGAGGUUACAUGGUUGCUAAAGCUUGUACACAGGUAAAAACGAGGUAAAAAUUUGAUUGGUUAACUUCCAGUGAUGGUUAUUUUCUUAUAUGCAAUGAAAUGUUAUGUGAAAUUUUGUCUAUAGUACUGGACAGGAUAAAACUGUACUCAUGCCAAGUAUUUCUUUAUUUGAACCAAGGAUAAAUUCUGCACAAUUUUUUGAAAAUUGCAAAUUUAACAAAGACUAAAAGGAGAAAAUCAAUGGUGGUAUUACACCUAGUUAGGGAGUUCACGAUUAUCGUUAAAUUGUUUGAAGAGGGACAACUCUCGUCAAAAGUGAAACCCCACUAUUUUUUUUAAACAUUUUAAUCAUUUUUGUUUGUUUGUAUUAUUAAACAUCAUAAUCAGUGCGAGAGUUUUCUGAGAUAGAUGUACAAGUGUGUGCAAAUCAGUUUAUUUUUCAUUUUCUCUUUAUCAUAUGGUUGUAAUGAGUCCUUUGACUGUGUUUAAUAAAAAGUUUAUAGUAUAAAGUAAGAAACAUAUCGUAUAUUUUAAAUAUUUGCAAAUAUAUAUAAUUUUAUAUUCUUAA